AUGGACGCGGCUAAAAGAAUCUUGUUGAAGCUCUCGCCCGAGCCGAAAAAGGGCGAGGAUGGCCGCGACAUGUUCGGCAACCGCAUCCAGUUCGUCCUCUGCGCCAUGGGCGGUGCUGUUGGACUCGGAAACUUGCUCCGUUUCCCCUCGGUCGUAUACAACAACUACGGCCUCCAGUUCUUCAUUCCAUACCUUAUCGCCCUGUUUUUCGUUGCGCUUCCUCUCCUGGUCCUCGAGAUCUCCAUCGGUACCGUCUACCGUGGUGGCCCUGUUCUCGCGUGGCAUAGCAACAACAAGCGGGCCAAGGGCAUUGGACUCUCAAUUGUCUUCAAUGGUUACGUUGUCGUCACCUACUACGUGCCACUCCUAGCAUGGGUGAUGAAGUACUUUAGUCGAUCGUUCCAGAGCCCGCUGCCAUGGAAAGGCCAGGAUCUCAGCGAAUACUUUGCUAAUGUAAUCGUUGCCAAUGUGCCUGCGUCCUCUACCGGCAGAUUAAACCCUGACGGCAGCGUCGCCUCCUACACACAGUAUGCGGGUACAGGCAUGUUGGGCGAGACUGCUGGUUGGGCCAUCUUCACUUGGUUUGUUACCUGGCUCUGUAUCUUUAGGGGUGUUGGAAUGACUGGCCGCGUCAUCUACGUCACCAUGGGCCUUCCACUCGUUCUCAUCAUCAUUCUGAUCGGCCGUGGAUGCUCCCUCCCUAAUGCAGGAGAAGGUAUCAAGCUGUAUUUUGCCACAUGGAGAACAUCUGCACUUCAGAGUCCUAAGAUCUGGCAAGCGGCGUUUGGCCAAAUCUUCUUUUCUAUCGGAGUCGGCUUUGGAUACUUCACAUCCUGGGCGUCCUACUGCUCACAGCACUCCAACGCUGUCCAAGAUGCUCUCAUUAUUGGAUUCAGCAACUCGGCUGUCGAGAUCAUCGCCGCGUUUUCCGUGUUUGGCGUCGUUGGAUACCUGGGCAUCGACCCUUCGAGUGGCGCACAGCUCGGCACCUUUGUCACUGGCUUCAUCACCUACCCAGAGGCUCUGGCUCAAAUGCCCGGUGCACCCUUCUUCUCUGUCGUCUUCUUCUUCACCCUGUUCCUGCUGGGUCUCACCUCUGCUUUCUCCCUCCUCGAUGUCAUGACGACGAUGAUUUUGGACACCGACUGGGGCAAGAGGUUCCCUCGCUGGGUCAUCUACACUACCGUGACAAUCAUAUCCGCUCUCAUUUCGCUCAUCUACUGCACCGAGUUCGGUCUUCAGGCCUUGGACGCAGUCGACACCUACAUCAACGACGUGGCCCUCUUCUUCGUCGUCUGGUGCGAGAGCUUUGCCGCAACAUCGCUGUACCGCUGCAAGGAUGUCGCCAACCAGGUCGGCUGGUCUGGCUACCUCAUCUUCACCUUUGGAUUCGUCACUGCCCAGGCUCUCGGUGUCGGCGUUGCUUACGGCUCGGAACCCGGUGUUGGUGCUGGCGUCGGCUUUGCCUUCUUCAUCCUCUUCACAUUCCUCAGUCUCUUCGCAGCAAAGGACCCAGCGAUUCCCGCACCCAGGUUCUGGGGCAACAACAAGUACUUGAACCGUCUCUGGUGGGUUUCUUUCUACCCCGGCUACCAGCUCUCGCGCGACCUUAACGUCGUCAUUGGCGUGGGUAAGAACUGGAGCAUCCCGUACUUCUGGGCUCCCAUCAUGAAGUUCAUCUCCGGCCCCAUUCUCGCCAUCGUCCUUUCUUUGGCGUUCCCCAAGUUCACCACCCAACACAUGUUCGACCCCAUUAUGAUCUACGGCUUCAGCAUCGUACACCUCGUCGUUCCCACCAUUGUCCUGUGCAUGCUGCUCCCCUCUUGGUUCAACUUUAUCGUUCCUUCCAGCAAAAUUGCGCUUGGCGACAAGCCCGUGGCGCCCAUGGAGACGAUUGACAAUGCCAACGAGAUCAUGGUGCUUGCCAGCGAGGAGAGCCAUGUCCAAGGUACCUACAACGAGCCUCUUCAAGAGAAGCAUUAG